ACACGUCUACAGUGAUACUUGCUGAUGACACCAGCAUUCAAAGUCAUUAUCGUCGGUGGAGGCCCCAUCGGACUCACCGCCGCGCACGCCCUCCACCACGCUGGGAUCGACUUCGUGGUCCUUGAGGCCCGCGAUUCGGUCGUCCUUGACCAGGGCGCCAGCGUGGUCCUGGCACCACCCAGCCUGCGUGUGAUGCACCAAUUAGGUCUUUUGACGCGACUGUCCAAGAUCAGUGGCGAGAUCUACCAGGUCACCUCCUUCACGCGGGACGGAUAUGCGUUCGCCGAGAACACGGCCAUCUCUCGGGUGUUUAAAAAGAACCACGGAACCGGCAUGACCUACUUUCAUCGCGCCCAGAUUAUCGAGAGCAUCUACGAUGCACUGCCUGCCGCUGCGAAAGUCCGGUACUUUCUAGGCAAGAAACUCGAGACUAUCGAGACGCAAGACCACGGUGUACGCGUCACGUGUACCGACGGGAGCACGUAUGAGGGGUCAAUGGUGCUGGGUGCCGAUGGGGCGCAUAGCAAAACGCGGACCCUGAUGCGCGAGCUGGCGCUGGCCGAGGGGCCGUCGGCUCAGCUUAAAUGCAAAGACGAGGCCUCGUUCCCGGCACAGUAUCGAUGCCUGUGGUGUAGCUUUCCCAGACCGAGCGCCGCUGACGUAAAGGUGGGCCAUGGCUCAGUCACACACUCCAAGGACAUGUCGGUCAUGUUUCUGGCCGGGAGGGAGCGAGGUUGGGUGUUCCUGUUCGAGCGGAUACCGAUGGGGCCGACGACGGAGCGGAUGCGCUACACUGAAGCAGAAAUGAAGGCGUAUGCGGCACGGUUCGCUGACUUCCACGUGUCGAGAACACUGAAGGUCAAGGAUGUGUACGCGGCGCGUUUGACUGAUGGAAUGGCGAAUCUAGAGGAAGGGAUUCUGGGGCAGUGGAGCUGGGACGGGCGGAUUGUUCUGGCAGGCGAUGCGUGCCACAAAUUCACCCCGAACGCGGGACAGGGGCUGAAUAAUGGAAUCCAGGAUGUGGUGGCGCUGUGCAACGGGCUGCAUGCGCUACUGCGAUCGACCGGUCCCGACGUACCACCGCACAAGACCUCCCUAGCCAAGGUCUUCGAGGAGUACCAGAAGAUCAGGGCCGCGCCGUUGAAAGCCGACGCCGACCAUUCGCGAUCUCAAACGCGAUUGGACGCCUGGGCAAGUCCAUACUAUCACUUCCUGGCUCGCUAUGUUAUUUCCUUCGCUUGGGUGAUGUGGUUCCUCGUGAACUUUAUCGCCGCGCGCGCAACGAAGAAGGCCUUAGUGUUGGAUUAUAUCCCCGCGGACGAACCAUUUCCUGACGCGCUGGUUAGCUGGGAACAUCCGCUCAAGAAUGAAGUCAAAGCAGGAUAGGCCAGGUUGUGAGGAACUUUUGAGGGAAAGGAGGGCGUUCUGUCACUGUGGCCUUUACAAUAUAGCUAAUACCCUCAUCAUCUGUAUCUGUGAUUGC